CGGCGGUUAGGAUAUUUGUAGUCUCUAUCUCUUUUCUGUCCCGGGACUGUCUUCUUCAUGAAUCAAUCACAACGGCAAUUAAGCAAUAGAACAAGCAAUGGCCACUGGCGCACCGAGUACUCUCGACAAAUCGGGACUUUGUCUGCUAUCGCUUGAUGGCGGUGGUGUGCGAGGGCUCUCAACCCUCUAUAUCUUGAAGCAUCUCAUGAAUCGACUGAGCCAGGAGCGUCCAGACCGGGGGCCUGUCAAGCCCUGCGAGGUAUUCGACCUGAUCGGCGGUACGAGCACAGGAGGGCUCAUCGCGAUUAUGCUUGGUCGCCUGGAAAUGAGUGUCGACGACUGCAUAGAAACGUACGUCAAACUCAUUCGUACCAUUUUCGAGAAGAAAUCACGCUGGCCUGUGAAUCUCUCGGGAAACAUCAAGUCGCGAUUUGAUGCAACGAAACUAGAAAAGGCCAUUAAAGAAGUUGUGGCAAGCCAAGGAGCAAAGGAGACGGACAAUUUCAACGACGGAGCCGAGCGUGGCUGUCGCGUCUUUGUUUGUACCACUUCAUAUGAGACAAAAGAUAUCGUGCGCCUUCGGGAUUAUAGCGUACCCACCAAGGUCGACAUUCCAGCCACUAUCUGCCAGGCCGCGCUUGCCACAUCAGCGGCUACGACUUUCUUCAACCCUGUUUAUAUCGGGACUCGAAAGUUCGUCGACGGUGCCCUGGGGUCCAACAAUCCAGUGGAGGAGGUGGAAGGGGAGGCGGCGGACAUAUGGUGUUCUGGCACUGGUGAUUUGAAGCCGCUUGUGAAGUGCUUCGUCUCCAUCGGAACCGGAAAUCCCGGAAUAACAGCGAUCGAAGAUAAGGCGUUGAGAUUUCUUUCCGAAACCUUAGUCGAUAUUGCCACUGAGACUGACCGAACGGAGAAGAAAUCCAUAGCGAGAUGGGCCAAACAUUUCGAUGAGAAGAGAUACUUCCGCUUCAACGUUGAUCAAGGAUUGCAAGAAGUCGGAUUGGAGGAGUAUCGUGAGCAGGGGAAGAUAGAAGCCGCAACGUAUCGGUAUCUCGACCAUCAGGCUCAGGCGUUUCAGGUGCGAGAUUGCGUGCAGAACUUAAAGCUCAAAGAGAGCAUGGCGAUGUGCAAUAUCUCACGGAUCCUCAAUAGACACCAUGUUCCACGUGCGGUGCAGCCUCAUAUAUUACCAGAAAGCAAAGCACCCUGGCUUGUCCCUUUCCAACGAAAUCCACUGUUCGUGAGUCGCUCGUCGGAGAUUGCCAAGGUCGAUGACAUGCUUGACGGUGAAGACCGUUGCGAGCGGGUGGCCAUCGUUGGGCUUGGUGGCGUUGGCAAAACGCAGAUCGCACUUGAAUAUGUCCAUAACUUUCGAGAACGAUACCCGAGUAGUGCAAUAUUUUGGAUACCAGUGACAAACUUCGAGAGCAUGCUGGAAGCGUACUUGGACAUUGGGAAACAGCUGCAAAUUCCCAACAUUGAAAAAGAAAAGUCAGAUAUACCAAGCCUGGUCCAACAACGCUUAAGUCAAGAAAGGGUUGGCAAAUGGCUUUUGGUGUUUGAUAAUGCUGAUGACAUAUCCCUCUGGACUGAUAAAAUUGACAACGUAGUAGGCUCUCGCGGGCAAGCCAAGUACCUACCAAAGAGCAAGUAUGGGUCUAUUCUUUUCACCACCAGAAGCUACAAAACUGCUAUAGAGUUGGCUGGAAGAAACAUCGUCACAGUUAAAGAGAUGAAUAGCACACUAGCGAAGAACUUGCUCGGAAAGUCUUUGGUCGACAAGAGUCUGUUAGCUGAUGAACGAGCGACAACUGAUUUGCUUGGAAAGCUAACAUACCUCCCACUUGCAAUUGUUCAAGCGGCCGCAUCUAUCAAUAGAAAUCAGAUGACACUUUCUGAAUAUAUGGUACUCCAUGAUAGCACGGAGGAGAGCAUGGUCGACAUCCUUAGUCAGGACUUCGAAGAUGAGGGGAGAUACAAGGAUGGAAAGAAUCCUAUCGCGACCACCUGGCUCAUUUCCUUUGAGCAGAUCAGAGCUUGUGACGCGUUAGCGGCCGAAUACUUAUCACUUAUGGCUUGUGUUGAUUCAAAGAGUAUCCCCAAGGUACUUCUUCCGCCAACACAAUCGGCAGCAAAGACGGCUGAUGCUAUUGGAACGUUAAAGGCUUUCUCAUUUAUUACAAGCCAUGAACAAGGCCAGCUCUUGGAUCUUCAUCGCCUUGUACACCUCGCGACCCGUAAUUGGUUGCGAAUGCAGGGAACUCUGGAAGAGUGGACCACCAAGACUCUGAAUCGCCUAAACGAGCUGUUCCCAUGGCCGGGAAAUGAGAAUCGAAUCCUGUGGAGACCAUUACUGCCACAUGCUCGCUAUCUUCUAGACUCACUGGCAUGGAACAUCCCAACGGGUGCAGCUGUGUAUUUGUUGAGCGUCGUUGGACGCUGUUCCCUGAGAGACGGAAGAUACAAGGAGGCCGAAAAGGCGCUAAAAACGGUCGCAGAUAAUAACAAAAUUAUGUUUGGCAACGAGAGUUUUAUAACGCUAGGCAAUAUCGGAGCUCUAGCACAUGCACAUCUCAAUCAAGGGCAAUGGAGCAAAGCUGAAGAGCUGACCGUACAAGUAUUAGAGAGUCAGAAGAAACUUCUAGGUGUUGAGCAUCAAUGCACACUGAAUAGCAUGUUCACCCUCAUAACAAUAUACUUGGAGCAAGAGCGAUGGGCUCAGGCAGAGAAAUUGGAGCUGCAGGCCAUGGAAGGUUAUCAAAAGGUACUUGGUGAAGAGCAUCCGGAAACAUUGACUUGUAAGGGUUCACUUGCAAGUAUAUAUUAUAAUAAAGGCAAAUGGAACCAGGCCAGAAGGUUGAGAGUGCAGAUCAUGAAGGGUCACAGGAAAACACUGGGCGUGGAGCAUCCAAUUACGUUGACCAGCACCAACAACUUGGCACACCUAUAUAUGCUCAUCGGUCUGCUGAGAAAGGCCGAGAGGCUACAGGUGCAAACGACGGAGAUUGCCGAGAAGGUCCUUGGAGCGGAGCAUCCAGACACACUGGAUUUCAAAAGUGUCCUAGCUGCAAUCUAUUGCCAACGAGGCCGUCUCAAAGAUGCUGAGAAGCUACAAAUACAAAUCUUGAAGAGUUACCAAGAGGUACUUGGUCCGGAGCAUCCAGAUGUUGCGUACGGUAUGGGCCAGUUAGCCUACACCUGGAGGAAAAUGGGCCGAUAUGCCGAAGCCACCGAGCUGUUGGAUAAGUGUAUACAGUUGCAAUCCAAAGUUUUGGUUGCCAAUCACUCUGAGACGUUGAGACAUGGCCGUAAAUUGAGGCGGUGGCAGAUCUACCAGCAAGUAAUGGGUGGGCGCAGAGGUGAUCAACAUGCGUGAUGCUCAGACAUUGACCAACAUAUUUGAAGCAUUAGGGCUAUUGAUCCGCAGGUACAAUACCCGAUCGGGACUCCGCUGGAAUAGCCGACGAGAACAAGUGGAUCCAAAACGCCAUCAAGAAUCAAUCACAUCUGUAUA